UGGGAGUAUGAGUUCUUGAUAAUCCUUACAGCCAUUUUAACACUUUUCCAUUUAUUAAUUCAGGUGAGCCCAAGCACCCCAAACCAGACAACCUCAUGGAAAGUUGAACAUUUUCCGGGAUGGGCAACUGCGUAUGGCGAGGGUUCACAGGGGACUGCCAAGCCAUAAAGGUGGUAACAGCCAGUGGCGGAAUAAUGGAACUGUACGGUCCCAUCACCGCCGAGUGCAUCACAAAUGAGUUCCCCGGCCAUGCCCUGUUUCGCCGACACAUCCUCUGCCAACCUCUCCUUCACAGUGAGGAGCUCAUUGGAGGAGAACUUUACUACCUCCUUCCCCUCGAUCGCCAGAAUGGUGGAGCCUCCAGAGCAGAGAAUCCUGCAGACGGUGACGUGCCUUCGGAAAACGUUUCUGGCGCACCAUAUAGGAUGUCUUUCGAUAGCCAUGGAUUGGAUAUGCUACCAAGGGUGUCAAGUCAUGUGCUGAGUAGGUGGAGAAGGCCAGGGAUGGAGGUGUUUCCGGUUUCUCAGACCACCGGAAUAUGGAAGGUCCGACUCGUUAUCAGUCCCGAGCAAUUGUCGGAGAUCUUAUCCGAGGAGUCGCACACUGAGGCACUGAUUGAGAGUGUGAGGACGGUGGCAAAGUGCGGGAGUGGGUUCCCUUCUGCUGCGAAUUCCGACCAGUGGAGUCUGUCCAGCAGCUGGAAGCAGGCGUCGGCCGAGAAUUUAGUUUGAGCGUGGAAGUUUGUAGGGUUUUAUCGUGUAAAUCUUCAAAUUUAAUGCGUAGAAUGCUUCUUCUUUCCCAUAUAUUCAAAGAAGGUUUUGUUUGUCGUAUCA